AAGGGCAAGUGCCCUACGUGCCCUAAGCUCGUGUCGAAGUCGAACAUGGCCAAGCACCGCAAAGUGUGCGGGAAGAAGAAGCCUCCGAAGUCGCGCAAGGCUAUAAACCGCGAUUCCUACGCGAAGAACAAGGACAAAAUCCUCCAGAAGCUACAGGAAAAGCGCGUGUACGACCAAUUCCGCCGCCUGGAAGGUACA